GAUGUGGUCCCGGAGGACCGCCCCGCCGCCGCCGCCGCCGCCGCCGCACGUGCAGCCGCUUCGGGCCGUGGUGGCCUGUAUUCGCCUGAACCUGCUGCUGGGCGCCGGCAAUGGCGGCAGCGGCGGCGGGGAUGCGCGUGUUCCUGGAGGUGCGGAGACGGUUGCAGAGCGCGCUGCUGAUCCUGGGGGAGCCUAAAGAAAGAGGUAUGCCCAUGGAUAUUUCUCUAGCGCCCUGCUCACUCCGGGUGAAGACCCCGGAAGGCUGCACAGAGCUCCAGCUUCCAGCAGAGGUCAGGCUCGUGCCUUCCUCCUGCCGCGGGCUGCAGUACGUCCCGGGAGAUGGACUGCACCUGCGGGUGCAGGUGCAGGCAGAACCCAACGACACCAAACUGAUUUCAGUGUUUAAUCAAAGCUCACAAGCCCAAGGAUGUUGCACAUUUUAUUGCCAGUCCUGCGGUGAAGUCGUAAUAAGGAACAGGAAGCUCCUCAGGGUGCUCCCAUUGCCGAGUGAGAACUGGGGAGCUCUAGUUGAAGAAUGGUGUUGUCAUCCUGACCCCUUUGCUGAUAAGCCACUUCAUCCACAAGAGAAUGACUGUUUUAUUGGAGACUCUUUCUUCCUGGUAAAUUUAAGAAGUGAUUUAUGGCAGCCAAGACCUGAACUAGCCCCAGUGGAGACACACUGUCCUUCUGAGAACCAUUUUAAACUGAAACCAAAGGCAAAUACCAAAGUAAUUUGUAAGCGUUGCAAGGUAAUGUUGGGAGAGACCAUGUCAUCAGAAACCACCAAGUUUUAUAUAACAGAGAUAAUUAUUCAGCCGUCUGAAAGAAAUUUUUCCAUCAUACCAAGGUCUCAGUUUGUACAGAAUGUUAUCGCCCAGUGCCUGGUGGAACUCUCCUCUGCUAGAAGCACUUUUAGAUUCACUAUUCAAGGUCAUGAUGGCAAAGUGUACAUCUUGCUGUGGCUUUUAAACUCAGACAGCUUGGUGAUUGAAUCUUUGGGAAGUUCCAAGAGUAUCAAAAAAUUCCCCUUGUUGGAAGAUACCCUGAAGGCAGAUUCCAGUUCUGCCUGGAAUGCUGUCAAGGUCCUCUACCAGCCAUGCAUCAAAAACAGGAAUGAAAAGCUUUCCAGUGCUUGGGAAAGUGAUAUCAGCAUCCACUCUCUAACCCUGCCCUCUGCAACCUGCUUGGAGCUUCUGUUGAUAUUAUCAAGGAAUAAUGCCACGCUGCCGCCAUCCCUUCGCUCUGUGAAUUCCUUUCAGUCAUACAGAUGGCCAACAGGUACAUGAAAAGAUGCUCAACAUCACUGGUCAUCAGAAAAAUGCAGAUCAAAACCACAGUGAGCUAUCAUCUCACACCUGUUAGGAUGGCUGUCAUCAAAAAUAUAGGAAAGAACCAGCGAUGGCGAGGAUGUGGAGAACAUAAGGGAACCCUUGUGCACUCUUGGUGGGAAUGUAUAUUGGUGCAGCCACAUGGAAAACAGAAACCUGUUGGCCAAAAAAUUAAAAAUAGAACUGCCGUAUGAACUAGCAAUUCCACUGCUGAGUGUUUAUCCAAAGAAAAAGAAAACACUAACUUGAAAAGGUCUAUACAUCCCCAUGUUCAUUGCAGCAUCAUUUACAAUAGCCAAGAUACGGAAACAAACUAAGUGUCCAACUAUGGAUGAAUGGAUAAAGAAGUUGUGGGGUAUAUAGAUGCAAUUCAACCAUAAAAAAGAAUAAAGCCCUGCCAUUUGUGACAACAUGGAUGGACCUAGAGGAGAUUAUGCUUAGUGAAAUAAGUCAGACAGAGAAAGGCAAAUACCAUAUGAUCUCAUUUAUAUGUGGAUUCCAAAAAACAAAACCAAAGAAUCCCAAGUUCUCUCUAUGGAGAGCACAAAAUGGGUAAAGGUGAUCAAAAGGUACAAAGUUCUAGUUAUAAAAUAAGUCCUGGAGAUAUAAUGUACAGCAUAGUGACUAUAAUUAAUAAUACUAUAUUGCAUAUUUGAAAGUUGCUAAUAGGUAAGAUCGUAAAAUUUCUCAUCACAAGAGAAAAAUUAUUUUUGUAACUGAGAUGGUGCUGGAUGUUAACUAGACUUAUUGUGAUCAUUUUGCUCUGUAUAUAAAUGUAAAAUCGUUGUAUGCCUGAAACUAAUAUAAUGUUAUAUGUCAGUUAUACCUCAAUUAAAAAUAUUUUUUAAAUAAC